AUGAAAGGCUCCUCCAACACAUCCUCACAAGACUUUUUAUUCAAGAGAAUUCAAAAGGAAUUGGUGUUGUUCAACUCGGACGUACCUCCCUACUGUUCGGCAUGUCCAGAAUCUGAAAAGAAUCUUAAAAAGUGGAAGGCUUGGAUAGAAGGUCCAAAAGGAACAGUCUAUGAAGGAGGUAAAUUCGAACUCUCUAUCGUUUUCCCUGAUGAUUAUCCUUUUAAAGCACCCUCCAUUAAAUUCAUAACCAAGAUUUAUCAUUGUAACAUUUCAAAGAAAGGCAAUAUCUGUGUAGAUACGUUGAAGGAUGCAUGGAAUCCUUCUCUCACCAUUUCCAAAGUGUUGUUGAGUAUUGUGAGUUUAUUGAGUGAACCAAAUCCUGAUGAUCCAUUAGAACCUAAAAUUGCCAAAGAGUUUAAAGAAAAUCGUCAGAGUCAUGACCUCACCGCCACCAAAUGGACACAAAUGUAUGCCAGAUCAAAUGUGGAAUAG